UAAGUACACUAGUUACCAGACAGUUACUAUAUACAAAAUGAAAGCAUUUCAGUACGGUCUCUCUUUAUUAGCACUCGCGUGCGUAGGUACCUCCUUCGGUGACGAGGCUGCCGAGAAGGCCGAGAAGGCCGAGAAGAAGAAUGACUAUGGUACCGUGAUCGGUAUCGAUCUGGGUACCACAUACUCGUGUGUAGGUGUUUUCCAGAACGGCCGUGUAGAGAUCAUCCCUAACUCACAAGGUAACCGUAUCACCCCUUCAUACGUCGCUUUCACUGAGGAGGGUGAGCGUCUAGUUGGAGAUGCCGCCAAGAAUCAGCUUACAUCAAACCCCAAGAACACCAUCUUCGAUGCCAAGCGUCUUAUCGGACGUGACUGGACGGACAAGGCCGUACAAGAUGAUCGCAAGUAUUUCCCCUUCACACUGAUCGAGAAGAACCAGAAGCCCCACAUCGAGGUGAACACGUCAGUCGGUAAGAAGGUACUUGCCCCCGAGGAGGUGUCCGCUAUGGUGUUGACCAACAUGAAGGAGACCGCCGAGGCGUUCCUUGGCCACGAAGUCACACACGCUGUUGUUACCGUGCCCGCGUACUUUAACGAUGCUCAGCGUCAGGCCACUAAGGAUGCCGGUGUGAUUGCCGGACUUAUCGUUCUGCGUAUCAUCAACGAGCCCACAGCCGCCGCCAUUGCAUAUGGGUUGGACAAGCAGGAUGGCGAGAAAAACAUUCUAGUGUUCGAUCUCGGAGGUGGAACCUUCGAUGUGUCCCUUCUAGCCAUUGAUUCCGGUGUGUUCGAGGUGCUGGCCACCAGUGGUAACACGCACUUGGGAGGUGAGGAUUUCGAUCAGCGUGUGAUCAAGCACUUCAUGGAGAUCUUCAAGAAAAAGAACAACAAGGAUCUUGCCAAGGACGACCGUUCCGUGCAGAAGCUGCGUCGUGAGGUCGAAAAGGCUAAGCGUGCGCUAUCCUCUCAGCAUCAGGCCCGUCUGGAGAUUGAGUCACUUUACGACGGUAUUGAUUUCUCCGAGACGCUCACCCGUGCCAAGUUCGAGGAGCUCAACAACGAUUUGUUCAAGUCCACUCUUGAUCCAGUAAAGAAGGUACUGAAGGAUUCCGACCUUGCCAAGAACGAGAUCGAUGAGAUUGUAAUGGUUGGAGGAUCCACUCGUAUCCCCAAGGUGCAACAGCUAGUCAAGGGUCUAUUCAACGGCAAGGAGCCCAACCGUGGUAUCAACCCCGAUGAGGCUGUUGCCUACGGAGCCGCCGUUCAGGGAGGUAUCCUUGGUGGUGCCACAUCCGAGCUUAAGGACAUCCUGCUGAUCGAUGUGAACCCUCUUACUCUCGGUAUCGAGACCGUUGGUGGAGUCAUGACCAAGCUUAUCGGCCGUAACAACGUUGUUCCCGCCAAGAAGUCUCAGAUCUUCUCCACCGCUGCUGAUAACCAGCCCACGGUAACCAUCAAGGUGUACGAGGGUGAACGUCCUAUGACCAAGGAUAACCAUCUUCUGGGUCAAUUCGACCUGAACGGUAUUCCCUCUGCACCCCGUGGAGUGCCACAGAUUGAUGUGACCUUCGAAGUAGAUGUCAACGGUAUCCUGCGUGUAUCCGCCGAGGAGAAGGGCUCUGGAAAGAAGGAGGAGAUCACUAUCACCAACGACCAGAACCGUCUAACGCCCGAGGAUAUCGAGAAGAUGAUUGCUGAUGCCGAGAAGUUCGCGGACGAGGACAAGAAGAUCAAGGACAAGGUCGAUGCCCGGAACGGUCUUGAGUCAUACGCCUACAGCGUCAAGGGACAGGCCGAAGAUGAUGACAAGCUUGGCACCAAGCUUUCCGAAGAUGACAAGAAGUCCAUUAUCGAUGCUGCUGACGAGGCCAUCGAGUUCCUGGACAGCAACCCCGAGGCCGAGGCUGAGGAGUUGAAUGACGAGAAGAAGAAGCUAGAGAAGAUUGUACACCCCAUUAUCUCAGGCAUGUACGAGGGAGGUGCCGGCAAUGGUGACUUUGAUGUCGAUGAUGAGGACGAGCACGACGAGCUUUAAGUAGUGAGUCGCGUGGGGUUUUAUUAUGUUCAUUUAGAAUAUGGUCAAUAAAAAAACGACUGUAAAAUUUACCA